ACGCCUGGCAAUCUGAAAGUUUUUUGUUGGCAGUGCAAAACACGAAGAUGGCACUUGUCAAAUCUGUGUAUCGAGCGAUGGAGCAUAUCGCGCCGCUGCGCCUCGCCGAAAAGUGGGAUAACGUCGGCUUACUGCUAGAGGCACCCUUCGUGCGGCCGAACGCCACCAAGGUGCUUCUCACCAUCGACCUCACGACAGAAGUCGCUUCCGAAGCGCUCGCGACCCCGACCGCGUUCAUCGUCGCCUACCAUCCCACGAUCUUCAGGCCGCUCCCCUCGCUGACGCUGUCCAACCCGUUGCAACGCUCACUCCUCCGCCUCGCAGCCGCGGGCGUGUCCGUGUACGCCCCGCACACCGCGCUCGACAGCGUCACCGGCGGGAUCAACGACUGGCUUGCAGAUGGCGUGCGGGCGGGUAGUGGCAGCGCAAAGGUACGGUAUACCGGCGAGGCCCUUGGUGAUGAGGGCGGCCAGGGCCGGCUGGUUGCGUUCAGGGAGCCUGUGAGCAUGCAGGAUCUCCAGGCGCGGGUGAAGGUGCAUCUGGGCCUCCACAAGGACACCGUCGAGGUGAGUAUUCAGCAGAGGCAAUAG